UUGUCACUUUGUGACUCUUCAGUUUCAAAGAUAGAGGAACAGAAUCUGAUGCUCAGGAUGUGGCGUCUUUGUUUCCUGUCUGCUCUGCUGUGCAUCACCUGCGGCUUCCCACAGCUCUCCGCUCGGUCACAUGACAUGAUCAACUUCAUCAACACGGCCAAGACCACGUGGACAGCGGGUGUGAACUUCCAGAACGUGAAGCAUGGACAUCUGAAGUCUCUCUGUGGAACGCUGCUGAAGGGACCGCGACUGCCUGAUACGGUGAAACAUGCCGCCAACAUGAACCUUCCUGUCAGUUUCGACCCGCGGACGGAGUGGCCUUACUGUAAGUCCCUCAGUCAGAUCCGGGAUCAGGGCUCCUGCGGCUCCUGCUGGGCGUUCGGCGCGGUCGAGGCCAUCUCUGAUCGCAUCUGCAUCCACAGCAAAGGGAGCGUUUCGGUGGAGAUCUCAGCCGAAGACCUGCUGUCCUGCUGUGAACAGUGCGGAUUCGGGUGUUCUGGAGGUUUUCCAUCAGAAGCGUGGGAUUACUGGACUAAAUCCGGUCUGGUGACCGGAGGACUGUAUGGCUCUAACGUGGGUUGCAGACCGUACAGCAUCUCGCCCUGCGAGCAUCACGUGAACGGGACACGGCCGCCGUGCUCCGGUGAUCACACACACCCGAACAACCCUAAUCACACACACCCGAACAACCCUAAUCACACACCAGGCUAUAAAGCGUAUAACCUUCCCUCGGACCAGCAGCAGAUCAUGACUGAACUUUACAGCGGAGGGCCGGUGGAGGCGGCCUUCACCGUCUAUGAGGACUUCCUGCUCUACAAGAGCGGUGUUUACCAGCACGUGACCGGCUCUGAACUGGGCGGACAUGCUGUGAAAGUGCUGGGAUGGGGAGAAGAGAACGGGACGCUGUACUGGCUGGUGGCAAACUCCUGGAACUCCGACUGGGGCGACAACGGUUAUUUUAAGAUCCUGCGAGGCCGUGAUGAAUGUGGGUUUGAGAGUGAGAUGGUGGCUGGUGUUCCUCAGCUCUGAACAGAUGCACAUCUGGAUUUACUCGACUGACUGACUGCAUGAUGCACUCUCAUUUUAAUGGAAACCAUAAACAGAAAUAAAACUCUAUCUGCAUGUCUCAUUAUUGUGGUUAAUGCAUUCUAAAAUUAAUUAAUUAAAAGCAAAACUCUCG